UAUCUUCUGUUUAGUUUGCGCUGCCUCUUCAGUGCAAGGUGACGGUAUUCUAUUAGGUCGCGGACUGUUUCUGUCCUUCCGGACAAAAAGUCGGGAUAUCGACGGAGGUUCACGUGGAUGGGAUAAGAUCGAUUUUCAUUCAUCUUUUUGCAGAGCAGAAACAUCUCACACCUCAAACUAGAACUGUAGUGUUUUGAUAAGGAAUUCGUUAAUGCGGAAGUACUUUGGUGGUGCCUUCGUCUGUAAAAGCGUUUAUUAUAUUUUCAGUGACUUUUAUCGCUGAGGCAUUUGAAAAAUGAACAACACCGAUGUAGAAGUCAAAGUUGGGCAGUUACCUACGAUAGAAAAAAUUAAAGUCUACAAGAUCCGAUGGCUGAUCUUGGCCUUGUUCGUGGGGUUUUCAGCCACGAAUUCCACCCAGUGGUUGCAAUUUUCCAUCAUAGCAGACGUGGUGGUUAAGUACUAUGGCACGUCAACGAAUUGGGUGGAUUGGACUUCCAUGAUAUACAUGGUUUUGUAUAUUCCGUUCAUAUUUCCAGGAAGCUACUUGUUAGAGAAACUGGGUUUGAGGAAGGCCAUCAUAAUCGGCAUGAUAGGGACAUGCGCUGGAUCCUGGAUAAAAGUCGGAGCAGUCCAUCCAGAUAGGUUUUGGCUGGCGUUCAUUGGUCAGUCCAUAGUGGCCUUGUCUCAGGUCUUCGUCUUGUCCUUACCAGCAAGACUGGCUGCUGUCUGGUUCGGACCGUCGCAGGUGUCAUCAGCGUGCAGUAUCGGAGUUUUUGGAAACCAGCUUGGUGUGGCAUCUGGUUUUCUUCUCCCCCCAAUGAUAGUGCAAACCACUGACGAUCUCGCCGCCACCACUCGUCAGUUUUACACGCUUUUCAUUGGUACUAGUGCAGUGACAACAGUUCUGCUGAUAUUGAUCAUAAUAUUUUUCAAAAAUGCUCCCGACACGCCCCCCUCCUACGCCGCUGCUCAGCAGGAGAAGGCCGAAGAAGUUAACUUUGUAGCUUCCUUGAAGAACUUAGUGAAAAACCGUUCCUACAUGUUCCUUCUCAACGCUUACGGUAUCAACGUGGGUAUAUUUUACGCUAUAUCCACGCUCUUGAACCAAAUCAUCCUUCAAUAUUAUCCCGGUGCCAGUGCCGAUGCAGGACGUAUAGGACUGGUAAUAGUUGUGGCAGGAAUGGCGGGUUCUGUCGUUUGUGGUCUAAUCCUCGAUAGAUAUCACAAAUUCAAGGAGACAACUUUGGUGGUAUAUGCUUGUUCACUGAUUGGUAUGAUCGCGUAUACUUUCACGUUAUCCAGAGGAAUUUAUAUCGUCUACAUAGUUUCAGCUCUGUUGGGAUUCUUCAUGACAGGCCUGCUCCCUGUGGGUUUCGAACUAGCAGCUGAACUAACCUACCCGGAACCUGAAGGCACUUCAGCGGGACUGUUAAACGCUGCCUCCCAGGUUUACGGCAUCAUCUUCACCAACAUCUACUCUGUUAUUUUCUACAAUGUCGGUGACGCGUGGGCCAACAUCACCAUGUGCGUGAUGCUCGUCGUCGGUACAGUCCUGACGGCCCUUAUAGGUUCAGAUAUGAGGCGCCAGGCAGCGCAUAGCUCUAAAGAGGACAUCAAGUACUGAGAGAUAUGCGCGUCUGUUUUAUUUAUUUACUAGUUUCAUAAUCAUUCCUGUUAGUCUAGUCUUGUUUUCAGGAUUUUAAGAGGGGCUUGGCAGCCUCCUUUGUACGCCGUAGAGGAGUCCAUGUUUUGUUGUUAUAUAGAGUAUAUUUUGAUUUUAUAUGUAUAUUUGUUGUGAUGAUUUUGUUUCAAUCUUUUUUCAUGCUCUAGAUGAAAAGAUGCGUAGACAAUAAAAUUUGGAAAUCUUGUGACCAUCUCAGAAGAUGUAGACAUACAUAUCUCUCUAACUCACCAUCCGCUCAAAUGGUUGCUAUUCAAAUAUAAAUUUUUACUAUUUUUUUUAAUAUUAUUAAACCAAAAGAGUUUUCGAACACCAAAUCUAUACUACAAGAUCUGUAUUAGACAAUAAUUUUGCUUGUGACAAUAAUAAUGCCGAACUGGAUGAAAAAAUGAGUAUAUAUUAUGUGUAUAGUAAUAAUAAUUUAUUUGUUACGGAAUUAUGUAAAAUACCCAUAGAAAUGUAAGGUUUAAAAAAGUUAUGAAAAUGUUUUUGGAAAAGUUCCGAGAAACUGAAUUUACUGCAAAGUUUAUUGGAACAAUUCCUUUGUAAUAAUUUAAAUCAACUCAGUAUUCCCACCCAAAACAUAUCAAAAUCGAUAGUUGGGAACGUAAAAUUAGUAACGUUCUUUUUUUAUUUACUGAACAAAGUUAAGCAUAAUUUUAUUUAAAGUUAUGCCAGAUAAAAGAAUUGUUCAUGUUAUUAUUUUUUUACCAGUUAUAAACAGUAUUAUUGUUGUGUGUAAUAAUAAAGUUAUUAGUUCUA